AUGGUCAAAGCAGUUGUUCUCGGUGCUUCCGGUGGCAUUGGCCAGCCGCUCUCCCUCCUCCUGAAAGCUAGUCCUCUCGUAGACGAGCUCGCUCUUUACGAUGUCGUCAAUACCCCAGGCGUUGCUGCUGACCUCUCCCACAUCUCCACCGUUGCUACUAUCAAGGGAUAUCUCCCCGACAACGACGGCCUCAAGAAUGCCCUCACUGGCGCUGAUAUCAUUGUCAUCCCUGCCGGAAUUCCCCGUAAGCCUGGCAUGACCCGUGAUGACCUUUUUAAAGUCAACGCCGGCAUCGUCCAGACUCUAGUCAAGGGCAUCGCAGAAUUUAGCCCCAAGGCCUUCAUCCUCGUCAUCUCUAACCCCGUCAACUCCACCGUCCCCAUUGCUGCUGAGGUUCUCAAAACCGCCGGAGUUUUCGACCCCAAGCGCCUCUUUGGCGUCACCACCCUCGACGUCGUUCGUGCCGAGACUUUUACCCAAGAGUUCACUGGCCAGAAGGACCCGUCCAAGGCCUCCAUCCCCGUCAUCGGCGGUCACUCAGGUGAAACCAUUGUGCCUCUUUUCAGCCAGGCCAAGCCUCCUGUCACCAUUCCCGCUGAUAGAUACGAUAGCCUUGUAAAUCGCGUCCAGUUCGGUGGUGAUGAGGUUGUCAAGGCUAAGGACGGAGCUGGUUCUGCCACGCUGUCCAUGGCUUAUGCUGGAUUCCGCUUCGCUGAGAGCGUCAUCAAAGCCUCUAAGGGGGAGAAGGGCAUCGUUGAACCAACCUAUAUUUACCUCUCCGGUGUCGACGGAGGCGAAGCCAUCAAGAGGGAAGUUGGCUUGGACUUCUUCUCCAUCCCCGUUGAGCUCGGCACAUCCGGUGCGGAGAAGGCCCAUAACAUCCUAGGCGGAAUCACGGAACAGGAGAAGAAGCUCCUCGAAGCCUGCACCAAGGGUCUGAAAGGAAACAUUGAAAAGGGCAUCGAAUUUGCUAAGAACCCACCUCCAAAGUAA